AUGGAUGAACAAUCGAUAUUUGACAUCCUCGAGUGCUCUGUAUGCCUAGAGCGUUUGGAUGCGACCAGUCGGGUCUUGCCAUGUCAGCACACCUUCUGCAUGCGAUGUCUUCAGCAGAUCCUCAACACCCGGGGCGAGCUACGCUGCCCGGAAUGUCGAGACCUUACCCCGCAACAGAGGGUGACGGACCUACCCACCAAUAUUCUCCUGGUGAGGUUGCUCGAUGGAAUGAAGAGGCCUGCUCCGGCAUCUCCUGCUUCAACUGGAUCGAGUUCUGGAGGAGGCCUGUCGAAGACCAGUGACCAGGCAGAGUCAACUUCUUCAAGUAGGAGUGGUGUUUCGAAGAUUUCUGGUCCUAAUCAACCAUGUGCUAAAGCUAUCUAUAAGUAUGACGGACAAGAAUCUGGUGAUUUGUCUUUCAACAAAGGUGCUGUUGUACUCCUUCUGAAGAGAAUAGAUGACAACUGGUAUCAUGGCGAACUUGAUGGAAGUCGGGGCUUCUUUCCGGCCAGCUACGUAGAAGUGCUGGUGCCUCUCCCGCCUGACCCACCUCAGUGUAAAGCGCUCUACGAUUUCGAUGUCAACGAGAUGAAGUACUAA